AUGGAGACUCCCUCAUCUGGUACCGCAACACCAGUCGAUGUGGAAAAUGGCGUUAAUGGGAUUCGAAAGAGACUCACCAUCACUUUCCGUGACUUGAAUGUCCGGGUGACAGCACCGGAUGCCGCCCUUGGGAGCACUUUGUUAUCCCGAGUUGACCCUCGUCAGCUUGCAGGCUUAUUCAAACGAGACAAAUUUCCCAAAAGAACUAUAUUGAAAAACGUUUCUGGCCAGGUGAAGCCUGGAGAAAUGCUUCUGGUUCUUGGGCGCCCAGGAUCGGGAUGUACUUCGCUUCUUAGGGUCCUGUCCAAUGACCGAGACACCUUCGAUGAAAUCAGUGGCGAGACUCGUUAUGGAAGCAUGGAUCACAAAACUGCAGAACAGUUUCGUCAACAGAUUAUGUUCAACAAUGAGGAUGAUCUUCAUUUCCCUACGCUUACCGUGAAUCGGACCAUGAAGUUCGCUUUGCGCAAUAAAAUUCCUAACGAGCGACCCGAAGAGCUCCGCAACCGGAAGGACUUUGUGCAGGAAAAGCGAGACCAGAUCCUCGACUCAUUGGGUAUCGGUCACACAAAGAAGACUCUUGUUGGUAAUGAGUUUAUUCGUGGAGUUUCUGGAGGUGAGCGCAAACGUGUUUCGCUGGCUGAACUCAUGGCGGGUCAGAGUCCGGUCCAGAUGUGGGACAAUCCGACCCGUGGUCUGGAUUCCAAGGCUGCGGUGGAAUUCGCUCGAAUGCUGCGUCGUGAAGCCGAUGAGAAUGACAAGACAAUUAUUGCAACAACUUACCAGGCAGGAAAUGGCAUCUUCGACGAAUUCGAUAAGAUCCUCGUUCUGGCUGAUGGAAGAGUCACCUAUUACGGUCCACGUGAGCUAGCGAAAGCCUACUUUGAGGAGAUGGGCUUCGACUUUCCCAAGGGAGCGAACAUUGCCGAUUACUUGACGUCUGUCACUGUAAUGACCGAACGUAUUGUGCGUCCCGGUUGGGAGGAAAAGGUACCCAACACGCCAGAGGAGUUUGAAUCACGAUACCAGAACAGCCCGGUCUGUCGGUCCCAGUUGGAUACCAUGGAGUCCCCGGACAAGCUUGGUUAUGAGACAGAUGAUCUCAAAGUCGCCGUAUCGAGCGAGAAGCGAAAGCAGCAUCUUCCCCGCGAACAAAGUGUCUACACUGCAGGUCUCUGGGAUCAAGUUGGAUCUUGUACGGUUCGCCAAUUUCAAAUCAUGUGGGGAGACAAAUUUUCCCUAGUCGUCAGAGUUUGCUCGGCCAUCAUCCAGGCUCUAGUGUGUGGGUCUCUCUUUUACAACCUCGCCGAUGACAGUUCUUCAAUUUUCUUGCGCCCGGGAGUGCUCUUCUUUCCAGUGCUUUACUUUCUGCUGGAGUCAAUGUCUGAAACCACCGGCUCGUUUAUGGGCCGCCCCAUUCUCUCACGUCAGAAACGGUUUGGAUUUUACCGGCCUACUGCCUUCUGUAUCGCCAACGCGAUCACAGAUAUCCCCGUUGUUAUCAUUCAGGUCACAUGCUUUUCUUUGAUUCUUUACUUCAUGGCAGCAUUGCAGAUGAAUGCUGCCCGAUUCUUCACUUUCUGGAUCAUUGUCAUCGUACAAACGCUGUGUUUCAUCCAGCUUUUCCGCGCGGUUGGUGCAGUUUGCAAAAGAUUCGGAGAUGCAUCCAUGAUCAGCGGACUUCUUUCGACCGUGUUUUUUGUCUAUGGAGGUUAUUUGAUUCCAUUCCAGAAGAUGCAUGUUUGGUUUCGCUGGAUCUUUUACCUCAACCCAGGAGCUUACGCAUUCGAGGCGCUUAUGGCCAAUGAGUUUGUCGGACGUGAACUAAAGUGCAUUGAGCCUGACUACAUUCCCUAUGGCGAAGGCUAUCCAAGUUCAGUAUCUGAUUAUCGGGGGUGCUCUGUCCCUGGAAGUACCGAUGGCAUAAUCAGCGGAGCCGCUUACAUCCGAGAGCAGUAUAGCUAUUCUGAUGGCCAUAUCUGGCGAAGCUUUGGAGUGAUUGUCGGUUUCUGGUUCUUCUUCAUUUUUUUGACAUCAGUCGGGUUUGAGCUAGUAAACAGCCAGAGUGGAUCCUCUGUGCUGCUAUAUAAACGUGGCAGCCAGAAAGCACGACAGGGGGAUGUGGAAAAGUCCCCUUCCGGCAAGCAGCCAACUGAUAUGACCGCCUUGUCCGGCUCAGUAAAGCAGUCUACCUUCACCUGGAGUAACCUUGACUAUCAUGUGCCAUUUCACGGGGAGCAGAAACAGCUUUUGAACAAAGUUUUUGGUUUUGUCAAGCCUGGCAACUUGGUUGCUUUGAUGGGCGCCUCUGGUGCUGGAAAGACUACGCUAUUGGAUGUUCUUGCCCAACGAAAAGAUUCUGGAGAAAUCCAUGGAUCCAUCCUCAUUGAUGGCCGGCCUCAAGGUAUCAGUUUCCAACGCACGACCGGUUACUGUGAGCAACAGGAUGUGCACGAGAGCACGGCAACGGUCAAAGGGGCGCUAAUAUUUUCCGCCCUCCUCCGUCAACCUGCCACUGUCACUGAGGAGGAAAAAAUUGCAUACGUGGAUCAUAUCAUUAAUCUCCUGGAGCUUGAAGAGAUCAGCGAUGCUCUGAUUGGAGUGCCCGGGGCUGGUCUGAGUAUCGAACAGCGGAAACGUGUGACCUUGGGUGUCGAGCUCGUGGCUAAGCCUACCUUGCUGUUCUUGGACGAACCUACGUCAGGUCUUGAUGGUCAGAGUGCGUACAAUAUUGUGCGCUUUCUCAGGAGACUCGUGGAAGGAGGGCAGGCUAUUCUGUGUACGAUUCAUCAACCAUCUGCUGUCCUGUUUGACGCGUUUGAUGGUCUCUUGCUACUCGCCAAAGGUGGCAGGAUGACAUAUUUCGGUGAAACUGGCAAGGACUCUGGAAAGAUCCUGGACUACUUCUCUCGCAACGGUGCACCUUGUCCGCCGGAUGCUAACCCGGCCGAGCACAUCAUUGAGGUGGUUCAAGGUGGUACAACGCAGCAGAUUGACUGGGUUGAUGUCUGGAAUGAAUCUCCUGAGCGCAAACAAGCCCUGAAAGAACUGGAAUCUCUCAACGCAAUAGGUCUAGCUGAUCCUGACUAUGUGGAAGAUACUGCGAAUUACGCUACUUCGCACUGGUAUCAAUUCAAAUUGGUGUCAAAACGCCUCAGUAUUCAAAUUUGGCGCUCUCCGGAUUACAUGUGGAAUAAGAUCAAUCUUCACAUCUUCGCAGCACUCUUCAGCGGUUUCACUUUUUGGAAUAUUGAAGAUGGUACUUUCUCUCUCCAGUUGCGGCUUUUCGCUAUUUUCAACUUUAUUUUCGUUGCCCCGGGAUGCAUCAAUCAAAUGCAACCUUUCUUCCUGCACAAUCGGGAUAUUUUUGAGACCCGUGAAAAGAAGUCCAAAACCUACCACUGGAUUGCCUUCAUUGGUGCUCAGGCAGUCACCGAGAUCCCAUAUCUUAUCAUCUGUGCCACACUUUACUUCGUUUGCUUCUACUUCACAGCGUCAUUCCCCAUUACUUCCAGCAUUUCAGGCCAGUUUUAUCUUCAAAUGAUCUUCUACGAGUUCCUAUACACAUCUAUUGGUCAGGCUAUCGCGGCAUAUGCUCCAAAUGAGUACUUCGCUGCUGUGAUGAACCCAGUCUUGAUCGGAGCAGGCUUGGUCAGUUUCUGUGGAGUCGUGGUUCCAUAUGCUUCAAUGCAGGCCUUCUGGCGCUACUGGCUCUACUACCUUGAUCCCUUCACAUACCUCGUUGGUGGACUUUUGGGUGAGGUCCUCUGGGAUGUCAAGGUUCAAUGUGAGCCCUCGGAGUAUAUCACCUUUAGCGCUCCGUCCGCACAGACCUGUGGUGAAUAUAUGGCCGAUUUCCUUCUGUCGGAACCUGGUUAUUUACUGGACUCAAACGCCACUGGCACAUGCUCCUUCUGCCAAUACUCUACCGGUGCAGACUACGCCAAGACCUUCAAUAUCAAGGAGAAAUACUAUGCAUGGAGAGAUACUGGAAUUACGGCAUUGUUCUGCAUCACUUCUUAUGCCUUGGUAUUCACUAUGAUGAAGCUUCGAAGCAAGAAGACAAAGAGUGCUCGCUCUGAAUAG